AUUGCUGGCCCUGUGAUAAGCCGUAAUAAAUACAGAGGGAUCUUGGAAGCAUCUUAACUACUGGCACAUUUUUUAAGGAGUGUUUUGGACAAAUGGAAAGUUAUUGACUGAGAUGACAGCGGGGGACCUAUUGUAAAACCCAGGUUUCCUUGUAAGCUGCCAGCAGUCAGAGGAGAUGUGAAGCUGAGGUCCUGACCUCUUGCCAUCACUUCAAUUCCUAUGGAAUCGUCAGGAGAGCUGGAGGGUUUCAUUAUAGGGUUGAUGUCAGAUGGGGCCAGGAUUUGAUUUGUGAUGACCUCACACAAGCAUUCUGAGGACCACCACUGGUUGGGGCGGGCUGUGAUCUUCCUUGGAAACUGGGAACUCUUUACAAAAAUUCCUUGCAGAAGAAGUUGCUGCCGGUGCAACAAAGCUGUUUCUAUGCACCCCAAGUAUCCAGUGACCGCUUCUGGGAGCCAAGGGCACCACUAAUUAUUGAUGAUGCAACUGGGAGCUUGUGGUGGACCUAUAUAGGGCUAAGAGAUCAAGCAGGAGCACACAGGAGAAACCAGAAAGCCCUGACUGCCAAGGAGAGACUGCUGCACUCUCUAGGCUUUCUCAAGCUCCGUGAUGGUUUCCAGGAAGGUGGUGGCUUUUCUGCUUGUGGUGUAUGUGGUGGCCAUGCUGGCUGAACAGACUGAAGGCUACCUAGCCUUCUUCACCCGCAGCGACAUCGAGAGGAUGCAGCUCCAGGAGAAACAGAGGAACAAAGCGCAAAAGAAAUCCCUGAUGUUGCAGAAGCGAUCGGAAGGCAGAGAAGUCACCGAGCUCUCUGAUGUGGAGGGUGUGGAUGAGGGCGAGAUCAUCAAGCUGACUGCUCCUGGAGAAAUUGGAAUGCAGCUCGACGCUAGGCAGCUGGAAAAAUACCAGCACGUCCUGGAGGAACUGCUAACUGAGAUGCUACUGGACGCUCGAAAUGUUUAACUGAUGUCCUCAGACCCAGAAGAGCAGGGUGAUGCUGCUUGCUGGACUACAGGUCUAAGCUUCUGUAAAACUAACUCUGUAAAGUGCUUCAAAAGA